CCACCCUGGACUCGCGCAGAGCCGCCGGCUGCCCAGCAUCCAUCCGCGCUUCAGAAGCAGCAAGGACGCUCCUGGGGCCCCGGCAGGUCGCGCUCCCCCGGGAUGCGAGUCCCUGCGCCGACGCCCGGCAGCGGCCGGCACGGGUGCGGCUAUUCCGGGCGCACUGGGAUGAAGCUGUCCUGGGGGCCCCGGCGCCCCGCCGUGGCCAGACCCGCAGGCCCCUGAGGCCGCCGCCCCGAGCGCGCCUCAGCUGGGCUCCCAGAGCUGCCCGGUGCGCUCUCCCUAACCGCGGAAUCUGCUGCGGUCCCUCCUGACCCGGACCCAUGGAGCCGGCGGUGCUGGCCUCGCACAACCACCCGCACCACGAACCAAUCAGCUUUGGCAUCGAUCAGAUCCUGAGCUGCCCAGAGCCCCCCGGGAGCGGCCUAGGCCCGGGUCGUGCGGGCCAGGGCCAUGGGGAGAGUGCGGCGUUCUCGGGUGGAUUUCACGGAGCCUCCAGCUACGGCCCCGCGGGUUCCCUGACCCCGCUGCCUGGAAGCUCCAGCGUGGGUCCGGGCGGCGUGAUCCGCGUCCCGGCGCACCGUCCGCUGCCCGUACCGCCGCCCGCGGGAGGCUCGUCUGCCGUGCCUGGACCCUCGGGCUUGGGCGGCGCCGGGGGCCUAGCCGGACUCACCUUCCCGUGGAUGGACAGCGGCCGCCGCUUUGCCAAGGACCGGCUCACGGCCGCGCUUUCUCCCUUCUCCGGGACGCGCCGCAUAGGGCACCCCUACCAAAACCGGACCCCCCCGAAGCGGAAGAAGCCGCGCACGUCCUUCUCCCGCUCGCAGGUGCUGGAGUUGGAGCGGCGCUUCCUGCGCCAGAAGUACCUGGCCUCGGCCGAGAGGGCGGCGCUGGCUAAGGCCCUGCGCAUGACCGACGCACAGGUCAAGACGUGGUUCCAGAACCGACGCACCAAGUGGCGGCGCCAGACGGCCGAGGAGCGCGAAGCGGAGCGGCACCGCGCGGGCCGCCUGCUCCUGCACCUGCAGCAGGACGCGCUCCCGCGGCCACUGCGGCCGCCGCUGCCCCCAGAUCCGCUCUGCCUGCACAACUCGUCGCUCUUCGCGCUGCAAAACCUGCAGCCCUGGGCCGAGGACAACAAGGUGGCUUCGGUGUCCGGGCUCGCCUCGGUGGUGUGAACGACGCCUGCCCGA